UGGGGUUGGUGGCGCAUAUAUUUUCAUAAUGUAUCGGGUUGUGACGGUCACCUAACCUUAUUUACUUGGAAACCAAGUACAGAAAUUAUACAAGUCACUGUUCUGUUUUGUUUUAAAGCUGUUUCCCGAACCGCGUGCGGUACAGUAUAUUUUUUAUGCCUGAAUUAUAGUUGGAAUACUGUAACAAGGAGACAGCUGCUUUAAACGUUUUAAAAAGUUGUAUUAAAUGUUGCUUACGUUUUUUUUUUUUUAAACACGCAUAAAUAAAACGUCUUCUUAUUCGCUGUGGUCACUCUGGUGCAGGAAUCUCGACACGUGGGACAGUUUCACGUUUCUCUUUGGACAAGCGGCUGCAGACUGCAGUCACUCGCAGCUUCCUCUCUGCGUGUGACCCUGUGCACGGUAUUGACCGCUCCUCUGCCUUCAUUCAUAUUCAUGUGAUCACAACCGGCAUCAGAAAAGUAACGCCUCUCUUAAAAAAGGUGGAAGCUGAAGCAUGGAUGCGGGAAUCACGAAAGCUGGGAUGACAUACGGAGCCUCCCUGACGCCCGCAGACCUGACGCCCACAGACACGGUCCCCACGGUGAAGAUCUUCGUGGGGAACCUGUCUGCCGACACGUCCCAGGACGAGCUGGCUGCUGUCUUCGAGCCCUACGGCACGGUGAUGAGCUGCAGCGUCCUGCGGCAGUUUGCGUUCGUGCACCUGGCGGGCCGGGAGGGGGCGGCGCGCGCCGUCCAGGAGCUGCACGGCCGCGAGUUCCGGGGACGCAACCUGGUGGUGGAGGAGUCUCGCGGCCGACCCCGCAACUCCACCAAGGUGUUCGUGGGGAACCUGGCGGCUCUCUGCAGCGCUCCCGACCUGCAGGAGCUCUUCCAGACCUUCGGAAAAGUGCUGGAGUGCGACAAGGUCAAAGGCUAUGCCUUCGUCCACAUGGAGAGUGAAGAGGCUGCCCUGCAAGCCAUCGAAGCCCUGCACGGGACCCGCUACAAAGGAAGACCCCUGUCCGUCGAGCUCUCCAAGGUUCAGCCCAGCAAGCGCCCGUCCACGGGCAAAAUCCCUUGCGUCAGCUGCGGCAAGCCGGGGCACUACGCCGGAGACUGCCCCCUCUCCCAGCUCCAGCUCCAGCUCCAGACCCAGCCCCAGACAGUGCUGGAGCAUUACCAGAACCAAGCCGAGGCUAUGGCAGCCGGCGUGCCCUUACCUCCCCAGUACCAGGUCCGACACGCCCUGCCCAGCUCCCUCUACACCGCCUACCCCACUUCCAUGUACGGCCCUGCCUACGGGGCUGACGGCACUCUGCUUUACCGGACUGUGCCUGACCACGUGUACGGCCCCCUGGCUAACGCGGCCGCCUUCAACGCCAUGGCCAACCAGCUCUACGCCACGGUAGAUAAUCAGGGGUACGCCGCCACUGUCAGCACCCCAGUUUAUAGCGGCACAGCGGGGGGAGCCAGCAGUCCUGCAUACAGUGCCUCAGUGACAGAACCUGCCUAUAGUUACGGGGCAGUUGGCAGCGCAGUCCCUGUGGCGGAUCCCUCCGCCCAGGCAGUGUUUGAGGCAACCCAGGCGCAGUUUUACGCCCAGCAGCAGGAGAAGCCAGGCUCCCCAGCGGCUGCCAUUGCUGCUGCCGCCGCUGCUGCCGCUGCCGCCACCUACUACGGGACUCAGGAGCGGGGAGCAGAGAGGGGCUUCCAGUACCAGAGGAAACGAGCCCUUCUGCCCACCCCCGCCUCCGCAGAGGAGGAGCUCAUCAGCUACCAGAAGAAACUCGCCAGGUUUUUUACUGAUUACCACAUUCCUCCUGCUGCUGUUCCUCACGCUGCUUACUCCUCUCUCCGACGCCCGGUGGCUCCCAGGCCGUAUGAAGACCCCUCCGCCCGCCGCUGUCCCCCCGAUUUCCGCCGACACUCGCCGGAGAACCGCGACCCCCCUGCGGGGGGGUUGUGACGUGAUGUGGUGCUGAUGCGGUGACGAUGUGUUGUGCUUUCCAGGGGCGUCGAUGGUAACACAGAGCUGUACACAUUCACUUUCUGUACACCCCAGUCCUGCGUGUGUUACACAGAACUACCUUGUCGACAUGUGUUGCUAAUAUAAAGGUGCCGGCUGCUUCUAACCUGCUCUGACAAAUCGAUCUGACUUUUUAUCACAGGAGUAAUGCAAUCAGUCAUGCUGUCCCAUCUACACUACCCAAGUAGCACACAGGUUAAACUGUGUCUGUCAGUCUUGAAAUUAUUACAGAUUGCUAAGAAAGCAAGGGUUGACAGUUUCCCUUAACUAGUUCAGGGAAUGUUUAGCAGCUUAAAAUGCCGUCGCUUUUGCAAGAAAUAUCGGCAUAGGGCAGGGUACUUCUGAGAAACAGGACUGAGUGCAGAGAAAGUGAAUCGGGCCAGUGAUGUGAGAGUGUUCUACAGAUAAAACCUGUCCUGGAAAAAGCAGAGGAAACAGCAAUAAAUAGCACAAAACAGAGAAGAACAAACACACACACUGUACCGCAGAGAAUCUGAAACGUUUCAUGCAACGCUUCUGUCUCGUUUCACAGACCCUGAUUAGCACUAGGCUUGGACUACCUAAAGCUGACAGGAACACGGAGCCACUGUGUGGCUUGGAACUUGGUUUCAGGAGACCAGGUUUCAGGCCACUGCACGGCACUCCAGGGGAGACUUGGGGUUUGAUGCAGCAAAGUUGUCUGGAACUAGGUCUCCCGGAACCAGGUUUCAAGCCACUGUUCCUGAAAAAGUGGCUUUGUGUUCGAGGUCUAUGAAACCAGCCGUGCAUGUUUUUAUUGGUGCAAGAUCACUGUUCAUGCAUUAAAUACAUUAAAUACCCAUCUUAUUUUUUAGGGAUACUUUAUAAAUAAACUAAAGUUAUUUCUUUUAAGCACUGUAGAUUUUUUUUUUUUGUCCUUUGGUGCAAAGAGAGGUUUUCCGAAGCUCUCUGGAAUCAUUGGUUUCCCCAACCCUAGUCUCACGUUAGUUUUAUUGAAUUUUGACUCUACUUGCGACCAAGGACAAAUGUUUGCUAUCAACAUACUUAAAUUUAAGAAGUCCCCUCCAAACCAAAUUAGCAAUAUUGUGGAGUUUAAUUCAGUGUUUUUUUUCUGUACAUGAUGUGAAAUACCAGAUCUAAAUUAUGUUCAUAUAGUUAUUUUUGUACAAAAAUGAUGUCUCAAUCCUAAAAUUCUAGGUGAUGCAAAACUGUUGGCCACAGCUGUACUUAAAAGAUCAUAUAAGACCCAAGGUUAACUUGAUCAUUAUCCCUCUGACGUUUUAACAUAAGAAACAAAUUUACGAAAGAAAGGGGCUGCCUGUCUAAGCUCAUCGGCUUUCUAGUAGCUGACUGAUCUCAAUAUUUUGUCAACGUUCAGCUUCAGUAACAUGCCUAGGCAACCCCACCCACCCCCUCACCUCUCUGUGUGUGAACAAGUGUUUAGAUAGAUGCUGUUUAACUCAUGUUUUGCCUGUACUUACACUCUAUCUGAGAUGGGGAGUGAGGGGAGCUCAGGGAAGAAUAAUCUGCAGUAUCUUAGAUAAUAAUAAUUAACAAUGAAUAUAAUCAUGCCUAAAGAAAAUAUGCUUUCAUUGGAUGCAAUAUUUUUAAACAUGCACGUACGUCCUGUGGUGCAGAACACAUAUUUACAAGGUAACACUCAAGACUUCUUUACGAAAAACAUGCAGAAUUGUGCAAGUUUUAUUUUAGUACAACUGGGUAGUAAGUUAAUAGCUCGUGUGGCAGUGCUUCUGGGUAAUUGCAGGACAAUGCCAAAUCCAAUAAGGGUAUUUUUCUUUCAUUCCAGUCUCAUGCCCUGAUGCACAGCCAGUGCUGUGCUGGUUUGGUUUCCGCCCAGGGAGGGUUCGCAGUUUUGAUUGGUCCACAGGUCACCGCCAUGUCAUUACUUCCAGGGGUGUAACGAUGCGCUUCUGUCACGAUAUGUAUACCCGAUACACGGGCUGGUCCUGAUGCAAAGAUCAAAUGAUCAUUUAAAGACCCACCUACUUUUGUUAGGUUAGGCAAUAUGUAUUCAUACCAACUUUAAAACGCACCUGUUAUUGGUUCAGGAAUCACAUUGCGAGCUGUGCUGUGCUUUUGGUCUUGUGUCGCGAUACAAACGAUACCUACCUCUGUUACGAUGGGUUCAUAUCAUGGAAGGAGAGUAUUGCGAUUCAUCGAUACACAGUGAAUCAUUCCACCCCUAAUUGCUUUGCACUUGUCUGUGAUCCGGCAGCAGCUGUCUUGUACAGAUUCAAUCCACAAUGAGACUUGUCUGUUGGUCAGAACGACCCAUGCAAUAAAAAGCACAUUUGUUUUAAAGCUGCUUUUAGUGCACAGCUGUUCAUGGGGUCAAAGGCGCUGUAAAUGUUUGUCGUUGUUGUAUUAUUUCAUCUGACAUUGCUCGCCGGCUUACGGACUGGACAUUCACUGAACUCUGAGUGCAUCACCCUCCGUGCAUCACGCUUGCCUACCUGGGUUUGUUGUGGACCUGCGUUCUCUGAGACUGGGCUGGACGGUCCGUCUGCGAAGCUAACCAGGGAUUUCUGAACUGUCUUAGCCUCCGUGGGGAAUUUUGUUUUUUGUGUUUAUUGAAUUGUGUGCACCUGUUAGUUAAAAGGAGAGGAAGAGGAGGCUUUUCUUGUGCAGAUUGUUGCAAGCACAUCACCUUCUUGAGAUUUUGUUUUUUGUUCAUAAUAAAGACUAUGCUGAUCAGUAUUAUAAA